GCGGCAGCCUGAGGGAAGCCGGCUCCGGCUCGAGCAAAUCAAAUCAAAGGAAAGAAACUGCCGGCUUUCAAAAUCCUCCUCCUCCGCCAUCAUCCGCUGUCCUGCCGAGAGCAGGUGGUGUAGGAGACGCUCGGGACUAGGGACCCCGGGAGCGCGGACAGACAGGAGGGCCCGGCUCGGGGCGGCCGAGUCCGGGCAAGCGACGCGGCCGGACCUGACCUGACUACAUCGGCGUCCGUCCCGCCCGCCCGGCGGACGAGCGCGCUCGGAUCGCCCCACGCGGCGGCGCCGCCUGCUCACGUUUGCAGAUCUCCAGGGGAGCCCACUGUUGUGACCAGCAUGGCCUCCGAAGACAUCACCAAGCUGGCAGAGACCCUGGCCAAAACCCAGGUGGCCGGGGGACAGCUGAGUUUCAAGGGAAAGAGCCUCAAGCUGAACACUGCAGAAGAUGCUAAAGAAGUGAUUAAAGAGAUCGAAGACUUUGAUGGCUUGGAGGCACUGCGCUUGGAGGGCAACACAGUGGGCGUGGAAGCAGCCCGGGUCAUCGCCAAGGCCUUAGAGAAGAAGUCAGAGUUGAAGCGAUGUCACUGGAGCGACAUGUUCACGGGGCGCCUACGGUCUGAGAUCCCACCAGCGCUGAUCUCACUAGGGGAGGGACUCAUCACCGCUGGCGCCCAACUGGUGGAGCUCGACCUGAGUGACAACGCAUUUGGGCCUGAUGGCGUCCGCGGCUUUGAGGCUCUGCUCAAGAGCCCAGCAUGCUUCACCCUACACGAGCUCAAGCUCAACAACUGUGGCAUGGGCAUCGGUGGCGGCAAGAUCCUAGCGGCAGCUCUGACUGAGUGUCACCGCAAGUCCAGUGCCCAAGGCAAGCCACUGGCCCUGAAGGUCUUUGUAGCCGGCAGGAACCGUCUGGAGAAUGAUGGAGCCACUGCCUUGGCAGAAGCUUUUGGGAUCAUUGGGACACUGCAGGAGGUGCACAUGCCGCAGAACGGGAUCAACCACCCUGGUGUCACAGCCCUGGCCCAGGCCUUCGCUAUCAACCCCCUGCUGCAGGUCAUCAACCUCAAUGACAACACGUUUACUGAGAAGGGCGCGGUGGCCAUGGCCGAGAGCCUGAAGACCUUGCGGCAGGUGGAAGUGAUCAACUUUGGGGACUGCCUGGUGCGCUCCAAGGGGGCUGUGGCCUUAGCAGAUGCUGUGCGCGGGGGUCUGCCCAAGCUCAAGGAGCUGAACCUGUCCUUCUGCGAAAUCAAGAGAGAUGCUGCCCUGGCAGUGGCAGAGGCCGUAGCUGACAAGGCUGAGCUGGAGAAGCUGGACCUCAAUGGCAACGCCCUAGGAGAGGAGGGCUGCGAGCAGCUCCAGGAGGUACUGGACAGCUUCAACAUGGCCAAGGUGCUGGCGUCCCUUAGUGAUGACGAGGGUGAGGAUGAGGAUGAGGAAGAAGAUGAGGAAGGAGAAGAUGAGGAAGAAGAGGAUGAGGAGGAGGAAGAAGAAGAGGAAGAGGAGGAAGAGCCGCAGCAAAGACAGGAAGAGGAACCAGCCACGCCCUCAAGGAAGAUUCUGAACUCCAGCCCUGGAGAGCCGGCUCCGUCACUGUCGUCCCCACUGCCCGCCGAUGUCUCCACUUUCCUGGCCUUCCCCUCCCCUGAGAAGCUGCUGCGCCUUGGGCCCAAAAGCUCAGUGCUGAUAGCCCAGCAGACUGACACAUCUGAUCCGGAGAAGGUGGUCUCAGCCUUCCUGAAGGUGUCGUCAGUGUUCAAGGACGAGGCCACAGUGAGGACAGCAGUGCAGGAUGCAGUAGAUGCCCUCAUGAGGAAGGCCUUCAGCUCCUCAGCCUUCAACGCCAAUGCCUUCCUCACCAGCCUGCUGGUCCACAUGGGCCUGCUCAAGAGUGAAGACAAGAUCAAGGCUAUCACCAACCUCUAUGGCCCCCUGAUGGCGCUGAACCACGUGGUGCAGCAGGACUACUUUCCCAAGGCCCUUGCACCCCUGCUGCUGGCCUUCAUCACCAAGCCCAACGGCGCCCUGGAGUCCUGCUCCUUUGCCCGCCACAGCCUGCUGCAGACGCUUUACAAGGUGUAGCCUUCUGGCCGCCUCUUCUGUCCCCGACCCACCCUAGGAAUGGGGGCCAGGAAGAUCUGCGCUGCAGCCCUUGUGUCCCCAGGACAGGACUGACAGGCAGGGAGGGUCUUGGUGUUGUGUCGUGUGGUCCAGUGCGUAUGUCGGUGCGGUACGUGCGCCCUGCAUCAGGAUGGGGUUUUUCACGUCUCCCUGGCCCUGGUCUGUUGCGGAGCGCUAGCCCCAGCCAUGGGCUGCAGGCCGCUUUGCCAUUAAAGACUCAGCACCACCUGGGGGUGCUCUGCGCUCCUUGGUGCAGCUGUCCCCUGCCCUGCUGUCCUUUUGCCUCCCAGGCUGUGCCAAGGCCUGGGACAUGCUCUCACGUGCUCUGCUGUCUGUGUCACAUUGGGCUGUAUUCCACCUGGCCUAGGCCUGCAGCAGUUGCUGCCUCCACUGUUCGAGCUGUCAUGUGAACUGAGCGGCCUAUGGAGCAGAGGCUGCAGGUGGGGAUGGCUCAGAGGCCAGGCCCCCAGCCCCUGCUCAGGUGGACCAGAAGAGCCACCAGCGGUGAUACCAGCCGGUCCAGGAACGGUGGGGCUGAGCCAGAGGGGCCGCUCUGCCCAGGGAGGAGGAGUUAGAACUCUGAUGCCAGUGCUUCAUCUGGGGCUGCUCUCCUAGGAUCACCAGGGCAGGGAGAGUAGGUCAGGCCUGGCAGUGCCGUGACCGCCUUGUGCUUACAGUGUGCUCUCUGCGUGUCUGGGCUGUGCCUAGAAGCUUCACAAAUAAAGUCACCUGUGGCAGCUGA